GUUUGGUAGCUCUCUUGUGCCCUUUCUCUCUCUUCUUCUUCACCCUCGUAUCUAGUUUUUGCCUGUUGAAUCCAGACGAACGAUCAUCAUUAUUCUUCUUGUUCUUGUGAUUAUUCUCAAAUUCAGACCUUUUAAUCGAAUCUCAAUUCCAUCUAUUAUCAUUCUCCACAUUUCAAUCGAAUCCGAUCAAAGUAAUUUUCACUCUAUUUCAUCUACUGAUAGGUAACUUGACCUCUCCCACUUCCGCCUCAUCCUCAACCCUGGUUCUCCCCUCUCAAUUCUCAAUUAUUUUAUCUAAAUCUCGUUUUCUAUCAUCAUGGAACCGUUACACUACUUUCUGAUUGUCUGAUCACUGUAUAAUUAAUUGCACGGCAAGGCAAUGGCUAGCGCCGAUGAAGACGACAACGACGCCGUUCUGAGUGAUGUGGAGGCUGACGAUCCGGUGUCGUUACCCUCGCCGGAGGAUGUCACCGUCGAGAGGUUUCAGGAGGUCCUUGCUGAGCUUGAGCGGGAGCGGAAAGCUCGUCUGGCUUCAGAGAAUGCGAAGUCCGAUUUGCAAGUAUCGUUCAAUCGGCUAAAGGUACUUGCUCAUGAAGCAAUUAAGAAGCGCGAUGAGAUCUCGAAGCAGCGUGAUAAGGCAAUCGGAGAGAAGGAUGAGUCGUUGAAAUUGAAUGAGAAGCUAUCAAUGGAAUUGGAUGAAGCCAAGAAAGUAAGAGAUGAAACUAUGAAGCAGAAGGAGGAGUUGAUUAAGCAGUUUGAUGAGGCUUCAAAAGCGAAGGAUUCUUCAAGGUCUGAGAUAGAGACGGCAGCUCAAAUGCUAGUAACAGGUAUUGAUAAGAUAGCAGGGAAAGUGAGUAGUUUCAAGAAUUUUAAUGGUGGUGGUCUGCCGAGGUCUCAAAAGUACUCAGGUUUGCCUGCUGUUUCAUAUGGAGUUAUUAAGAGAACAAAUGAGAUUGUGGAAGAGCUUCUAAAACAGAUAGAUUCAGCUACAAAAUCUAGAAAUGAAGCUCGUGAACAGAUGGAGCAGAGAAAUUAUGAGAUUGCUGUUGAGGUUUCUCAGCUUGAGGCAACAAUUAGUGGGUUGAGAGAAGAGGUUUCAAAGCAAACAUCUUCUGUGGAGAAGCUGGAAAAACUUGUAGUUGAAAAAGAUACAAAGAUAUCUGAGAUUGAAAGGGAUAUUUCAGAAAAACAAAACUCGGCAGAAAAACAAGUCAAUGAUUUCAAUGUUAAGCUGAGGAACUUGGAAUCAAAUAUGGAAUCACAAAAGUCUCUACUGACUGAGCAGUUAAAUCUUGUCACCAAAAUUCACAGCCAGCUUUAUGACCUUCUUAAGAUAGUGGAUACUCAUAAGUCAGACCUUCCUGAUUUCUCGGAGUCAUUCUUCUUCCCACAAGAAACAGAUAUGGAAGAAAAUAUCCGUGCUUCCUUAGCAGGCAUGGAAUCACUGCACGAAUUAGCUAGAGUUCUAGUUGAAAAGACAAGAGACUUAAUUAAUGAAAGGAAUCAUGAAAUAAAAAGUCUUACCGGAACUGCUUCUCAGCUAGCCAAGGAGAAAGAACAGGUUGGAUCUUUGCUAAGAAGUGCUUUGUCAAGAAGAAUGUCAAGUAAUUUAUCGUCCAAAUCCAGUGAAAUCUUCAAAGUUGCAGAAAAUGGGUUAAGGGAUGCCGGAAUAGAGUUCAGAUUCAGUAAUCACAUGGAGGGUGGGGAGAUUUCUUCCUCAAAAGAUAAAUAUAAUGCUUCAGAGACAGAUGACGAUGAAGUGUAUGCCUUGGCUGGUGCUCUAGAAAAUAUUAUCAGGCAAUCUCAACUUGAGACCAUCGAGUUGCAGCACACAGUGGAUGAGCUAAGGGAAGAGACAAGUUUAUUGAAAGAUCAAGUGGAAGCACAAAGCAAAGAACUUAUUCUAAGGAAGCAGCUAGUGGAGGAACUUGAAGAAAAGGAAAGAAUUGCAAAUGAAAAUGUUGAUGGGCUCAUGAUGGACAUCACAGCAGCAGAAGAAGAAAUUACUAGAUGGAAAGUAGCAGCACAGCAGGAAGCUGCUGCAGGAAAAGCUGUUGAACAAGAGUUUCUGGCACAGUUGUCGACUUUGCGCCAUGAACUGAAAGAGGCAAAGCAAGGUCUAGAAGAAUCUGAAAAGAAGCUGAAAUUCAAAGAAGAAACAGCAGGUGCAGCCAUGGCAGCCAGAGAUGCUGCUGAAAAAUCAUUGAGAAUGGCAGACACGAGAUCAUCGAGGCUGAGGGAUAGAGUUGAGGAGCUAACUCGACAGCUUGAAGAACUGGAUAAUCGAGAAAGAAGCCAAAACGGGCCAAGAUAUGUAUGUUGGCCAUGGCAAUGGCUUGGUCUGAAUUUUGUAGGUUCACAGCAGCACUCUGACUUACAACAACAAACUUCAAAUGAGAUGGAGCUCUCUGAACCCCUCAUCUGACCCUUUUGUUGCUUCAUUUCCUUCUUUAUAAUAUUCCUUCUUUAAAAUCUUAUUAUAAACUGUAUUAUUAUUCAUGAUUUUUUGUUUUUUUUUUGUUUCCAUAUUAAAAUCAUAGCUUAGAGAAUACUAUACUUUAUAAAGUGUAUUUUCUCCUUUUUUUUUUUUUUUUUUCUUGUUCCACUGUAGACUUAUCAUCACUUGUCAUAAUAUGUAUGUACAUUUGGCAAUUCUCCUUUUAAGUUAGACAUUUGAAUUCA